UAUGGGUAAGUGGGAAGUAAACACAGACACGUUGACCAUGGAGCAUUCAGAGCAGAACCGAACCUCAGACAGUAAAGGAAUGAAUAAGACGGAUAUUUUACGGGACUUUCAGGUGUCUUUUUUCGCAAUGAGUCGUCUGGUUUCAUUUCCCUGGACCUUUUUAGAAAAAGACCUUGAAAGCAACAAAUCGUCAGACCUGAUAUCAGACAUCCUAAAACAUACGUGUCUUCACUCUCUGAGCCGGACGUUUCCUCCAUCAUUCAGAUACAGGAAGCUGUUCCUCUCUGAGCUCAUCAGACGGCAGGAAGCUGCAGGCUGCGAUCCUCUGGACGAGCUGUACGACGCUCUGGCUGGAGUCGUGGGAGCCGAAGACACAACCGAGUGCUACAAGAGCUACUUACUGCCCAGCGGUGAUGCCGUCAGCCUGUUGGAAAACGUAGCUCUGAUCUCAGAGGGGACCACGGGCCUGGUGACCUGGGAGGCAGCCCUCUACCUGGCAGAGUGGGCUCUGGAUCACCGGCACACCUUCGCUGGCAGGACGGUUCUGGAGCUGGGCAGCGGUGUGGGGUUGACCGGCAUCACCAUCUGUCGCUCCUGCAGCCCGAACCGAUACGUCUUCAGCGACUGUCACCCCGGAGUCCUGCAGAAGCUGAGAGACAACGUCCGACUGAACGGUCUGAUGUCUCCCACAGUCGUCGUGGAGGAGAUGGACUGGACGAAGGCGACGGAGGAACAGAUCAGACAGAUCGGGGCCGACGCCGUCAUCGCUGCAGAUGUGGUGUAUGACCCAGACGUUGUGGAAAGUCUGGUGAAGCUGCUGUCCAAGAUCCUUAGGUGUUCGUCUCCUGAAGUCUUCAUCUGUUCCACUAUAAGAAACCAGGAGACGUACAGCGGCUUUAAGCAGCAGCUCGAAAAAGCAGGAAUCUGCCAUCAUGUGAUCACAGGAGCCGUCAGCCACGUGUUUCCUUACAACCGAGUCUCUGCUAUAGAAAUUAUUCAACUGUCACAACUGUAGCACAAUAAAAUUUUUAUUUACAAAUGUA